AUGUUGCAUGCUCGAUCGCUAGAGCUGCUCAGUCUCAUCGGCGUUUAUGACUGGAUCGCUGAUAUCGGCGUCGUCAUAAGCUUCAGCAUCCUCCAGAAGUAUGUUGAAGAUGCUCUUCGCGAUGCCAUCAUCGAGAUCGACAAAGGCGCAGUACAUGCCCCUGCUCAGUUGGUCGAUUACAUCGUCAGCGACUCUCCGGAUUAUCUUAUCGCUGCCUCAGAGCAACUCGGCUCCGAGCGAGCAACAGUUCAUUACAAAUAUCUCAUUGGAGCUGAUGGUGGUAGAUCCACCGUCCGUCUCGAUGCGGUGGUUGUCACCAACAUGUCUGAAAGCAGGAGAGGCGGCGUCUCGAUUGAGUCGCGCCACCAUGGGAACGUGCUCUGGACGCCAACCGACAAUGGCCGCACGAGGAUCGGGUUCGUGUGCUCCGAUGCGCUGUAUGGCGAACACAGCGAGAACGCCACUGCGAAGACGGGAAAGGCGGUGGAGCCGCUCAUAAAGGGACGCGUAUUCCUAGCUGGAGAUGCGGCGCAUAUACACUCGUCUGGCACUGCGCAGGGAGUGACCACCGACGUACAUGACGCCACGAACCUCGCAUGGAAGCUGGCUGGCGUUCUCAAAGGCUGGUUCCCCGAAGAGAUCCUCGAUACUCACGAUUCUGAACGGCGUACGUCUGCUCUGCAUCUCAUCCAGCUCGAACGAGAUAUCGCCUCCCUCAUGUCGGGCGAAAUUCCUGCGCAUUACAACCCGGCUCCGGACGCCGAUGUCAAUGCCUAUCUCAAGCAGGUCUUCAAUAUGAACUUUACGCCCACCGUCAGCCUGGGCAUCUCAUACCAAUCACUUUAA